CCCAGAAGCCUUCAGUGUAACAAACAUGGCGGCGCCCAUACGGCUCGUAGGACGAUGCGUCCAGAGGAACAGCCGCUUCAUGCAGGUGUGCAGUCACAGGAGCUUUGGUUGGACUCCAGCGCUGCGACAACAAGCUGCAGAGGCUCAUAAAGAAUCUACAGAUACUAUUGUCAUCCCCAGGAAGAAAACAUGGAGCAAGGAGGCAGUGUUGGAGGCUCUGGCUUCGACUGUCAGCAGGGAUCCUACAGCACAUCCCUACCUGUUCCAGGAUGACCCUUACCUCUCUCCCAGGACCAACCCUGAGUUUAAGCUGUACUCCCUCUCUCAGGAGUCCGGCAGAUCUGCGGCAAAAUACUUUGUCAACAACAAUCCCAAGUUCUUCACCAAAGACUUUGCUGAACCACACAUACCAUGUCUGAUGCCAGAGACCGUGACACUGCUAAUUGAGGAGAUGAGUGAGGAGGCACUGAAGGAACGAAUUAGCUUGAGGAAAGUUACAGCCGCUGUUGACAUGUAUGAUCAACUGCUGCAAGCUGGCACAGCGGUCUCUAUGGAAACGACCCAUGAAUUGUUAGACCUGAUUUGUCUCUACUGUGACAGAGACCCUGUCCAGGACGGAGGACCACAGGCAGAGGACACGGAGAAGUCCGGAGAGGAGGUGAAGAGAAGCAAAUCGAGGUUCCGUCGGGCGUCAGACCUGCUGAGGUCCACCUGGAGAGAAAACGGCAACGCAGAGAGAAUCUUUAACCUGCUGCCAGAGAGAGACACGCGGUGUUACUCCGCUUUGAUCAGAGGCAUGGUGAAGCAUGGAGCCUACGCAAAGGCCUUCAGCAUGUACACAGACAUGCUUAACAACAGAGUCACUGCUGACGUCCACAUCUUCAACGCUCUGAUGUCAGCAGCUCCAGAUGUCAGAGAUAAAUACAAUGAGAGAUGGGACCUGAUCACUGAGCUGUUGAACCAGAUGAGUCAACAGAAAGUUCAGCCCAACCUGAUCACCUUUAACAGUGUUCUCAAAGCUCUGAGACGCUGUGGCUUUCUGGCCAAAACACAAGCUCUGCACACUCUGAAUGAGAUGAAGGCAAUGGGAAUAGCUCCCAGCCUGGCCUCCUUCGACCACGUCCUGGCAGUCUUUUCCAAAGCAGCCUCCUCUGGACAGGGCAACACUGACAUUCUCAAGGAAGUGAUGUCAGAGCUGUCAGGAACCAGCUUCACAUGCCAGGACCCCGAUGAUGUUCUAUUCUUCUCGAGUGCAAUGAGAAUAUGUCUGGAUAAUAAAGAUCUAGAGAUGGGUUAUACGGUCCAGAGUCUAGUAGAACGGGGGGAGAACUGGAGGUUUCUGGGAGAUUCCUACCAGCAAAGUGUUUAUUAUGGUCGCUUCUUCAACCUGCUGUGUAUGAUGGAGCACAUUGACGAGGUGCUGAAGUGGUACAGACGGCUCAUUCCCUCGCUGUACUACCCGAAGCCUCAGGGACUGAGGGACCUGCUGCAGGCUCUGGACACAGACGGUCGCCUGGACUUGCUGCCCACGAUAUGGAAAGACAUCCGAACCCUGGGUCACGAUAACAAGUCCGAUCUGGUGGAGGAGCUGCUCACCCUGAUGGCUAGGGACAUACACAGUCCUGAGGUUCAGGAGGCGUUUGCGGCGUGUGCUCUGGACGUUAAGAGUGUGUUCGGUGGAGACAGAGGGAGGCUCAGUCUGGAGUGGAGCAAUGUCUCCCUCUCACACAUCACCUCCCUGCUGCUGAGGGCCAACAAGACCCAACAGGCCUGGGAGAUGCUGCAGCUCUUCAAAUCCAAGAACAAAGUUCCCGAAGAGGGGCUGUUGGAGGACUUCCUGUCGGCGUGCCGCAGCGGCGGCUCUCCUGAAAGAGCAGUGGAGCUGGUUCAGCUGUCAGCAGCCUUCUGUCUGUCUGCAACACCGAGACUGGCAAAGCAAACACUCGCUGGGUUUGAUCUGACAGAGGAGCAAAGAGCCGUGUUAUCUGAACUGGAGGCCACAGGAGAGCCUUCUGACUGAAGGAGACAAUAGUGGGUGAACCGCUAUGAUGCCAAUACAUUAAUACAAAAAUGUGAUAAUCCAUAGAGUGUGUGUUUGUUUCUAUGUCUGUGUAAUAAAAAUAUACGUCACUUAAAU